UCCUCCUACUCCUCCUACUACUCCCCUCGACUUACUUCAUCCAUCCUCUUCCUCCUCCUCGCCUCUCAAUCCCUCUUUCCCUCCCUCUUUCCACUCUUCUCUCCCUCCGUACCGUCUCUCCCUCUCAACUGACGUUGAUUCCGUCAAUCAUUCCGAUCUCGGGUUGACUACGCCUUCAAUCUCGACUCCUCCCUCCCCUUCCGAACCUUCUUUUGUCACGCUCUUCCUACUCACCCUCUUGCCGUGCUUGACUUCUCCCCAGCUCCCUCCUUGAAUCACCUGAUACCCUUGGUCAUAACAGAAGGAACAGAAUAUCUGGUAUCACUCGACAUACUGCCACUGGUUCAUCUCGUCACUUCACCCCUCCGCCAUCCGCCAGUUCUCAGUGUGAGGACAACUUGGGCGGUGGUGACUCAAUUCGCUCUCAACAUUCUCGCCAUAUCACCUCAACUGCCUGCUCUAAACUCUACACUAUCCGCCAACUAAGCCGUCACAAUGCCGGGCAACGUCGGCGUCUACAUCCCUAAAUAUGCGUCAUACAACUGGACGGGCGCACCCUCCGAUUACGAAGCCCUUGCUACUAAUGAACUGGGAGGCGAUUCUCGAACGGAGAACCUGAACAAAUGGUUCCAAUCCGGAGACCAGGCCUUCAUCAUCGUGUCCGCUGCCAUGGUCAUGGUCAUGAUUCCCGGUCUAGCGUUCCUAUACUCUGGUCUUGCCCGUCGAAAGUCGGCUCUCAGCAUGAUCUGGGCCUGUAUGGCUUCGUUCUCCGUCGUCACGUUUCAAUGGUACUUCUGGGGCUACUCCCUCGCCUUCUCACCCACCGCCACCAACGGAUACAUCGGCAACUUGCGCAAUUUUGGUCUCAUGAAGACGCUCGCCGAUCCCAGCCCUGGAUCUCCUCUCAUCCCAAAUCUGCUCUAUGCCUUCUAUCAGAUGCAAUUCUGUGGUGUAACGGCAGCUAUCAUCAUGGGAGCCGUAGCUGAAAGAGGUCGUAUGCUACCGGCCAUGGUGUUUGUUUUCAUUUGGGCCACCAUUGUCUACUGCCCAUUGGCAUGUUGGGCUUGGAAUGUGAAUGGGUGGGCAUACAAAUAUGGUGUCUUGGAUUAUGCGGGUGGCGGCCCCGUUGAGAUCGGGUCCGGGUUGUCUGCUUUUGCCUACUCCAUGGUCCUCGGUCGCCGUCAGGAACGGAUGAUGCUCAACUUCCGCCCGCACAACGUGUCGCUUAUCCUGCUGGGGACUGUCUUUCUUUGGUUUGGAUGGUUGGGAUUCAACGGUGGCUCGGCUUUUGGCGCUAAUUUGCGUGCCACCAUGGCGUGCUGGAAUACCAAUCUGACUGGAGCGUUCGCGGCCAUGACCUGGGUUUUGCUCGAUUGGCGUCUUGCACGCAAGUGGUCCAUGGUCGGCUGGUGUUCCGGCACUAUCUCUGGCCUCGUCGCAGCUACCCCGGCCUCGGGUUAUAUCCCUCCCUGGGCCAGCGUGAUUCUGGGUGUCGUCACUGGCAUUGUUUGCAACUACUCCACCAAGGUGAAAUACUGGGUUGGAAUUGAUGACUCCAUGGAUGUGCUUGCUGAGCACGGUAUUGCCGGUAUCGUCGGUUUGAUUUUCAACGCCUUCUUCGCAGAUGAUGCAAUCGUCGGGCUGGACGGAGUCAACACGGGAUCCGGCUCGGGUGGUUGGAUUAUUCACAACUGGAAGCAACUAUACAUUCAAAUCGCCUACGUCGUCGCCACUUGCUCCUACGCCUUCGUCAUGUCUGCCAUCAUUGCAUACGCCAUCAACGCCAUUCCCGGUCUCAAGCUGCGCGCCUCGGAGGAAGCAGAACUUUUGGGUAUGGACGACGAUCAACUGGGUGAAUUCGCCUACGAUUAUGUGGAAGUCCGCCGUGACUACUUGGCCUGGACUCCUCAGAAGCACGAUCAGCUGGAGGAUGGCCACGAGAUCCCUGCUGCAGCGCGGUACGGUAUCGGCGAGCACAGCGAAAUGAUGCUAGACGGACACGCCCCGGUUGGCGUUGACAGUCGUGGCUGCAGCGAAGGCGACUCGGGCAUUCAGGAGAUCAAGAUGGCGCCGGCGCCGCGCCAAGUGGCCGAGCACCAUCCGGCACACGAUCACGAGCUUGAGCCCAUGGGAGAGCCGGUAACGGCGAUUCCCAUGCAGGAGAAGACCGACGCCUGAUGAGCAUUUCGCAUAUUUGUUAUCUGUUUUUCUGUUCUAUUAUGAUAUCCAGCGUCGCCUUGCCCCCGAGCCAGCUUUUGCGGUUGUCCUCCAUUUUCUGUGUACUAUUUUCGGUGUG